AUGUCGGUGACGAAAUUAUAUCGUGUGGCUGUCAUUUUAAUGCAAAUAGCAUCUGUGUUUACCGACCAAUCAGUCAUAUCAGCUAUAAACAAAAAAGGCGACCGCCUAACAUUUUUAAAGUUAGCAGAACUCCUAGGACGGCCUGCUGAACAAUACGAUGUGAUCACCGAAGAUGGUUACAUUCUGGGUAUCUUCCGCAUACCUGGUGUGCUACAGCCGCCCACGCUCCUGGUCCACGGCGUAGAAUUAGCAGCAGACAGCUGGCUUUUGCGAGGAAACAAAUCACUACCCAUAAUGCUCGCCAACUUGGGACAUGAUGUGUGGUUCGCUAAUGUUAGGGGAAACAUAUACUCUAGACGACACAUCCACCUAAAUCCAGACGUGGAUAAGGAUUUCUGGGAGUUUUCCUUCCACGAGCACGGAUAUUAUGACCUGGCUGCAAUAAUAGACAGGAUCCUGGACGAAACAAAGGCUUCACAAAUCAACGCUAUAGGCCAUUCGCAAGGUACCACCAUGUUCACAGUUCUGACUGCCACUAGACCAGAGUAUAACGACAAAAUAAACCUGAGUAUAUAUCUGGCACCAAUAGCGUAUCUGAACAAAGUUCGAGCGCCGCUUCUGAACUGUAUCAUGUUGUCACCAGAAUUGAACAUGAUCAUGGAGAAGAUGGGUAUGAACGAAUUCUUUGGUUACAAUCAGACUUUCAGUGUCGCUUUGAGACGUAUCUGCACCCUGUCUCCACAGGUCAGCUACUUAGCCUGUGCCUACGGCUACGCGUUUCCUAUAGUCGGCUACGACCCGGAGGAACUGGAGCCGGAGUUCUACCGCAUCAGCAAUUAUUACUUCCCCGUCGGGUCGUCGAGGAAGAACUUAAUUCAUUUCGGACAAGUUGGUAGAACGGGAAGGUUUGGACAGUACGAUCAUGGGGCAGUUAAAAAUCUGGCUAUAUAUAAGUCUCUGACGCCACCGUUAUACAAUUUGACGAACGUGCGGAUCCCAAUUGUGCUGCUGGUGGGGCGGCGGGACAAGCUCGCGACUGUCACGGAUGCGGAGACGUUGCGGCAGCAGCUGCCAAAUGUAAAAAUACACAAAGUGUUGCCCAGGGAAAAGGCGAACCACCUGGACUUCAUAUGGGGUAGGAGUAUGGAAGAAUAUUUGUUUCCCUACAUCUUAAGUGCGUUUGAUCAGCAGUAA